AUUAAAAAACUAUUUAUAGAUAAUUAUAAGAUCAAAAUAGCGUUAAAAAAAGCACAAAAAUACUAGUGGUAUUACUGAAUAUCAUAGUUCGCUAAAAUCAAUUUGAGCGCGAUAAGCGCACGUGUAAUACGUUCUUUUAUAAUUUGUGAAACAGUUUGAGCGCCUCCUGGCGACGAGGGUAACGGGUGACGGAUGACGGGUGACGGGUGGCGGUGCUCGGAUUUGCUCGGAAUAUCUUCGGUACGGCGCGCGGAAGAAUGUUCUUCUGGACCAAGUGAGUGCGCGAGUGCUCAGAAGUACGAAAACUUUUGCGGUGCAUAUCAAUUGCAAGCUCUUUUUAUCGUGGGACAUAUGUGUUAAACUGUUCUUUUAAUUUUCAUCGCAAUACCAGACAGUGAUUUGGCAAUCCAAUGAUUUGUUUUUUCUUCAAAACGUUUAAUUAACCGGGACUGACGUGUUCACCAAAAACUUUACGUAUCUAUUAUCGGUAUUUAUAAGACGAUAUCUGUCAGAAUUCUGCGACGACGGCGACGACGACGACAUCGACGUUGAAAUACGGUUGCAUCUUUCAUUACGGAUGAUCAAACAACAGUAUCUGUCAAGUAUCCUUCAGGCAGGAUGGCGGGUAAUAAGACAGCAGGUAGUGUCGUGCAAUUUAGACCUAUUGAAGUGUCUCAACAAUUACAAGAGGGAGAAAAAUUCAUCAAAUGGGAUGAGGAUUCUGGUAUAGCAACUCCAGUAACAUUGAGAGUCGAUAAAUUUGGAUUUUACCUGCAUUGGGUGGAUCAACAUAAUGAAAUGGAAAUGUUGGAUAUUGCUAUAAUAAGAGAUACUAGAACUGGAAAAUAUGCUAAAGUACCAAAGGAUCCCAAAUUGAGAUAUCUUGUAACAAUGGGUUCUCAAGAUUCUUUAGAAGAAAAAACAGUAACAAUUUGUUAUGGAUCUGAUUUUGUCAAUAUGAAUUUUAUUAACUUCUGUACUACACGUGCAGAAGUUGCAAAACAUUGGACAGAAGAAAUUUUUCAACUUGCAUAUAAUCUAUCCCUAUUAAACAUCAGUACAACUAUGUUUUUGCAGAAAGCACAUACCAAACUUACACUUGCAGCUGAUAAAUCAGGAAAAAUACCUGUUAAGAAUAUUAUAAGAAUGUUUACGCAAAACAAAGAAGAUCGUAAACGAGUCGAAAAAGCUCUUGAUAUUUCUGGUUUUCCAUCUGGAAAAAAUGACGUGAUAUCGUUACAAAAGUUUCAAUUUGAAGAUUUUUUCAACUUUUAUAAAUCUCUUACUCAACGAUCGGAUGUUGAAAAAGUUUUCGAACGCAUCGUAGGCAAUAAUAAGCGUAGGCUAAUGUCUGUAACUCAAUUUGUUGACUUUUUGAAUAAAACUCAAAGGGAUCCGCGUUUAAACGAAAUAUUGUAUCCUUAUGCAAAUGAGGCAAGAGCGAAGGAUAUUAUAAGUCAAUAUGAACCAAAUAAAUAUAAUGCAAAUCGGGGUCAGCUAAGUUUCGAUGGAUUUUUGAGAUAUUUGAUGAGUGAGGAUAACCCAAUCGUGGCUUUAUCGAAACUUGAAUUAUCAGAUGACAUGGACCAACCGCUUGCGCAUUACUUUAUAAAUUCUAGUCACAAUACAUACUUAACAGGACAUCAACUUACUGGAAAAAGUUCCGUCGAAAUAUAUCGUCAAUGUCUGCUUGCUGGUUGUCGAUGUGUGGAAUUGGACUUUUGGAAUGGAAAAUUUGAAGAACCUGUCAUUGUUCAUGGAUAUACAUUUGUACCUGAAAUAUAUGCACGGGAUGUGAUUGAAGCGAUUGCUGAAAGUGCUUUUAAAACAUCAGAAUAUCCUGUUAUUCUUAGUUUUGAAAAUCAUUGCAAUCCAAGACAACAAGCUAAGAUAGCUCAAUAUUGUAGAGAAUUAUUUGGAGAAAUGUUGUUGGACGCUCCUCUUGAAUCUCAUAAGUUGGAACCAGGACAAGAAUUACCACCUCCGUCUUUAUUAAAACGCAAGAUUAUAAUUAAAAAUAAAAAGAAACAUCAUCAUCAUCAUAAAAAACACAAAAAAAAGCAACAGACACCGGUAACAGAAUUUGAAGAGGAAGCGCGAGAAAAUGAAGAUAAUGGAGUAACAAAUCAAAUUGCGGAGGGAGAAAAUGGACCGCCGCCAGAUAUUGUUUCUCAUGCUGAAGCAGUUGAUAAUAAUGGUCAACAGAUUGGAAAUGGAGAUAUUUCACAUCCUCCGAUGUUACAACAAAGACAAAGCAGCAAGGAUAGUACUCAGGAUGAUGAAGAUGAAGAAGAAGAAUCGACUACAGAAGAGGAUGAAUCGAAUGUGGAGGAUAUUAAAUUAAGAAUGGUUGAUAAAGUGCCUGCACCUGAUAAAGUAGCACCUAAUGCCAAAGAAACAGAAGCUGGAGCAGAAAUUUCAGCUUUAGUUAAUUAUGUGCAACCUGUUCAUUUUAACAGUUUUGAAUCAGCUGAAAAAAAAAAUCGAAUGUAUGAAAUGUCAUCAUUUGAUGAAAAACAAGCUACAACACUUUUAAAAGAAAGGCCAUUAGAAUUUGUAAAUUAUAACAAGCAUCAAUUAUCAAGAGUAUAUCCAGCAGGUACACGUUUCGAUUCUAGUAAUUUCAUGCCUCAAGUCUUUUGGAAUGCAGGUUGUCAGCUGGUUGCAUUAAAUUAUCAAACUCUUGAUCUUGCGAUGCAAUUAAAUUUGGGAAUUUUUGAAUAUAAUCAACGUUGUGGUUAUCUCUUGAAACCAGAAUUCAUGAGACGAAAGGAUCAACGAUUAGAUCCUUUUGCGGAAUCGACAGUAGAUGGUAUUAUAGCGGGAACGGUUCAUAUACACGUAAUAUCGGCUCAAUUUUUAACAGACAAAAGAGUGGGUACUUAUAUAGAAGUAGAUAUGUAUGGUUUACCAGCAGAUACAGUGAGAAAAAAAUUUCGUACAAAAAUUGUUCCGAAUAAUGGAAUCAAUCCUGUUUACGAUGAGGAACCUUUCAUAUUUAAAAAAGUAGUUUUGCCUGAACUUGCUUCAAUUAGAAUUGCUGCAUAUGAAGAAUCUGGACGUUUAAUUGGUCAUAGAGUGCUACCCGUAGUUGGAUUAUGUCCAGGUUACCGACAUGUUGCUCUUAGAACAGAAUGUGGUCAACCAUUACCAUUAGCAAAUUUAUUUUUACACGUAAUUGUAAAAGAUUAUGUCCCAGAUGGAUUGAGUGAACUUGCUGAAGCUUUAGCAAAUCCAAUUAAAUAUCAAAGUGAAACAGAAAAAAGAGAAAAACAGUUGUCAGUUCUUACAGACGGUUCAGAAGAUCCAUCAGAGGAAAUUAAUGAUAAACCCAAAGUUGGUGAAGGAGCAAGUUCUUCUAAACCAACAGAGGAAACAGUCAAAACGAAAAGAUUACAAUCUGUGGGUGAAUUACCACCACUUGUACCACCAUCUACAAAUAUUCAUGGUAGGCCAUCUAUUGCUGGGAUAAAUAUGUCUGAUACACAAGAUAACGAGGAAGGAACUCCUACAUCUACAGUUCAAGUUGUUGAUGCUUCCACAAAUAAAAGUUCAGUCAAUAUUAGUGUGAGCGAUGAAAUAGUGGCCGAAUCUUUAGAAAAAUUAAUGGAAAAUAAACUUGUUCGAGAAAAGAAAAUAGAGCUCGAGAAGAAGCUUGAAUCAUUGCGAAAAAAGCAUGAAAAAGAAAAAUUAAGGAUGCAAACGCAGAAAGGAUCCAUCGAUGGUGAAAAACAUAAAUCGAAAUUUUAUGUGAGCCAUAAAUUAGUGAAGCGAUUGUCAAGUAGAAAUAUAUUUUCAAGUGAAGUAGGAUUGAGUACGUUAGCUUUAGCAGAAACGUCAGAAUGCACAGACAUUGAAAACCGUGAAGGAAAUGGUGGAACUCCAAAAGGAUUACCCAGAAGUCAGAGUGAACGUUUAUUAGCUGUAUGUAAAGCUCAUGUACAACAAGAACGAGAACUUCAGGAAAAGUACUAUGAAAAUUUAUUUGCAACUUUGGAAAAAGUAAUGAAAACUUCUCAGUCCAAUCAAUUAAAAACAUUGAGAGUACUUUUAGAGCGAGAAACUGCCGAUGUUAUGAGAAAACUUCAAGCUACAAGACACGGAGAAGUGAAACAAUUAGCAAAAGUACAUAAAGAUAAAGCUGAAUUAGAUCGUAUGAAGAGGGAGGUUGCAAAAUCAACGGUUGAAAAAGGCGUAAAUGAAUGUACACGAUUAACAAAAAUUUACGAGAAAAAAAGAGCAGAACUCGAACGACAACAUGAAGAAGUUCGACAGAGGUUAGAAGCAGAAAGAGCAAAGGUUAAAGCUACUCUAAUGGCAGAGUAUAGUAGUCGAUGUAGUAAAUAUGAGAGUGGAGAAUUAUCUUUGUCGCCAUCCGGCGGAACUGGUAUGCCGGAGUCACUUAGUGGAAAUACAUAUUGACUGAUAUAGUUUAUAAUUUAAUAUUGAUAUCUCAUGAUAAUAUGAUUUGGAGUAAAACAAAUCCAAGGCAGUAAACUAUUUCUGCCAAAAAUGUGUAUCCAUCUGGAAAGUUGAUAGUAAUGGAUUAUGUGUUGCUUCUCCAUAACAAAAAGGAGUCGCAGUGGCGGUAUAAUGAUAAGUAAUUCAUAAAAUCUACGCAGUUACCUGUGUGUUUUAACUAAAAUAAUUUUAUUCACUAUCAAAAAUGUCUUUUUUGCAAGAUGUGAUGCAGCAUUUAUGAAGUGAUGUAUAAUUUCGAGAAAUAGAAUGUCAUCAAAUAUAAUUAUUAUAUAUACAAAACAUUUGAUAAAUGUUUUGUGUAUAUCGAAUCUCUUUUGCUAAAAAAGACUUAAAUGAUCUGACAAGCAACAUUUUAAUCUGAUGAUUACAGAUAAGUGCGUUCGAAUAUGUGAAUUUUUUUCAUAUGAACCAUUAUGAUAUUUUCUAUUUAUUCAAAGUUCUUAUUUCUUGAAAGAUUAAUAACAUAUGUUGGUCAAAUACAUAUGUUUAAUCGAUUGAUUCUCUCCGUAUGCGGGAACACCAUUUUGAUCUCAACAUGGAAAGUAACAUUGAAACUAUGCGUUUGAAAAGAUAGAAAAUGAGUUUUCCUCUUUCUUUCUACUUUGAUUUGAUGUUACUUACGCACAGUAUUAAACGCACUCUUCUCAUUACAUUCGAGACCAUCGCCGCCAAUGUCGAGAUUCUAAAAAAUUCCGUUUUAAAAGUCAAUGAAAUUUUGGAAAUUGAGAAUAAAGAAUAUAUAGGCGAGGUACACGAUUCUAAAUAAGAAUAAUGUUUCUAAGUGCUACUAUUUAAUCUUGUUAUUAUAUGUAUAAGAUGUUAUUUAAUUAACAAGUCGAUGCUAAAUCGCGUUUCAGGAUACUCGGGUUGUUUAUAAUAUGAAAAAAAUAUGAUUGCUAUAUCGGUCGAACUUUGCUGGACUCGAAAUGUAACGACGAAGGAAGUACUCGUUAGCGAGGAUAAAAUUUUUUUGGCCUAGAAUAAGGAAUGCGGAAAGUUUAUGAUUCGAAUGGGUGUAUGCGUGAUUUGAUAUAUUUUUGACUGAAAGUACUCGUAUAAAGACAUUUUUUGAAUAGUCCGUAUUGUGAAUGAUAAAUGAUGACCGUAUUGUAUAAAGAAAGAGUAUAUAGAAAAUCCAAAAAAAAAAAACUAAGAAGAAAAAACGGAAAUUAAAUAUAAAUAUGAAAUACGUUUCUAGCGUUUUUGUACCGCGCGAUUUCAUGCUGCGGCUAUUUUGAGGCCGGAGCAAAACGAUUGGGGCGAGCCUCUUUUAGGAAGACAAUCAAAAAUGUUACAUCGUAACAUUGUCCUUGUUGUUUCUAAUUGUACGAUAUUUUAAGUAACUCGAUAUUACACAUACAUAUUAUAUAUAUAUAUAUAUAUAUAUGUAUGUAUGUAUGUAUAUAUAUAUAUAUAUUCUUAAUAGUUAUUACAAAUUUAGGUUUAAAAAUCAUACAUUUGCGCAUUGUAAAUCUUUCUCGUGUGAUCCAUCCUAUUAAUUUAUUUCGUAAACAAUCGUUGAGAUACGCCGGAAGUAUCGAAAAUCGCGAGCUUUUACAAAACGUAUUUUAUUGAUGAUUCGUGCUCAUCACCGAUAUUAUCAUAUUACGAUAUAUCAUAUUACGAUAUGCAAUAUGUGUAUAUAUACACAUACGCACACAAAUAUACGUACAUUACAUUAUAAUACAUGCAUGUACGUAAGCAAAGCGUGGUCAAUGCGAAUAAAAAAAAAAAAAGGAGUACCUUUGCGAUUAUAAUACUAUUGUCAUUUAUGUUGUGCCGAGGGGUUACGAGCGGAUCAAUCCCUUCGAUUUGGAGACUGAACUCGAUCCUAAAUCGUUGAUAAACUAUUGUUUAUUGUUGAUCAUUUUUAUCACCAUUUUUAUCGCUUUAUUUAUUUAACAAGGCGUCUUUUAUAUAACGAUGUACGAUUUUCUGUGUGUCUUAUGAGAAUAUUAUUGAGAAUAUUAUUGAAUAAUAUUGAGAACGUUCGCAUAAUUUGUUGGCAUUUAGAUUUAUUUUAUUUCAAACCAAUUUUUACGAAAUUAGAUUAAACGUGUUGCAUAGUUCUAUUUUAUUCAUUCGUUUUACGUGAUUUUAUAUGCACAGUUAUUUCCAAAGAUAAUUUGGCACAAUGUUUGUGAAAUUUUUUUAUUGUAUUUGCAAUUUGGAUAAGUCGAUGCAACCAACGAUGUAUGGAUUGAGUAUAUAUUGUUUUCUCAAGAUAUAGAAUUUUCUGGUAAUAGGUAUGCGAGUGAUUUUAAUUAGUCGAUUGAAAGAGAAUAUGCAUGCGAUUAUGAAGAUAUACCAACGAUAGCGAAAAUUGCAAGAUUGUUCUAUAUAAAUAUGGAGAGAAUGCAUCUUAAAUCUCUCGAAUUUCAUAAUAACCGGUUAUUUAAUUUAUACACAAAAUAUUGCAUUUUUGUUAUCGUAGAAUGAAUAUUUAAACUGUAUGUUGCAUAUCUGGCUGAAAGGGAUCAGUUUAGUAUUAAAUAGUUAAGCAUGUCCAUUUAACUCUAAACAUUCAUCCGAAUGAAAACGAUCGUACACGACAAGUUACCAUUUCCUUAAGUUUAUGAUGAUUUAUCGUGAUUGCAUUUCUCGACAAGUUACCAUCUUUCCUCAUCUAGGAGGAGAAGGAAAAGAAAGAUUGUAUAUUGCGGUGGACUCGAUUGAUGAGAACAUUUAACUCGGGAGAGAAACAGUGAUAAUCUAUUAAAAGAUGAGAUAAUGUAAGUGUAAGCGAAUAUAAUUUAAUUAAGUAGCGGUAGCCAUUGGACUACCUAUAGCGUUCCGACACGAAAGAAAUCAAUAGUACAUUAUGCUAAGUCGUACAAGAUUAUCGGAAGUUUAUAUAUAUUAAUAUAUAUACACACACACAUAUAUGUAAUGUUCGUAUAUAUACAUUAUACAUGUGUCGAUGUUUUUCCGAUCGUUUAGUCGCAACGAUGCACGUCUUUCGCAUCGCUGAUUCUUGCGAUACCAAACGGGUUCAAUAGGUGGGGGAAAAGGAGAUGGGAAGGUGCACCUGGAGACUCUCGCGUUUCAAUAGAAAGCAUUCAAUUCAUUCGAUAGUUUGUCAACAAAGAUACAGAGAUAUCGUGGCGAUGCGUGGACGUGAAUUUCUUUAAACGCUUAUAUAGUCGAUAGCGAAACGUUUUACGUAUAAUCGAAUCGUGAAGUAUCUGUUCCUCGAUUACAAGCGUACCACGAGUCGUGCGAAAUCAUUUCGAUUAUUCGUACUUACAGUUUCGCCGCAAACAUUCUGGUCUCGCGCUUACCGUUGAUAUUUUCUUAAGGCAUGAGUUGAUGUGCAAAAAUUCUCCGAGAUACAAUAUCGAGUCAGGUUCGACUCGCGCGAUGCAUUUCCUUCGAAUAUAUAUAUAUAUUUUUUCUCCAUACUAUACAGAUGUCGCGUAAUUCGCUUGGGACGAACGUCUUUUCGUCCUCUUCCUAUAUUCCUGUAAUAUGCAUAAUGCGUACACACGUUCAUGUCUUCGAAAAAUCAUCUGAAUAUAUACGUUUGUAGCGUACGCGCAUUCGAACAUUAUGUAUAUUACACACAUAAUAUAUAACUAUAAGAAAGAACUAGGCUACGAGGACAAAUAUUAUAUUAAUGUUGAUAUAUUAUGUGUUGUUGCUGUUGAUGUUAUUAAUAAGUAGAAUAGCGAAAAGGUGGCAGUACUAGUAUAGUCGUUGUUCAUAGAUUUAAUGCGACUAAUUUUGUGUUACUCGUGUGCGAUACGUUGUCGCGUAACCUACGUUAAAAAGAAAUCGCGAAACUUGCUGAAUUUUAUCGAACGUCGUAUAACGGCCACGAUUGAUCGAGUAAUACUCUUUAUCAAGAUUUCGAUUAAAAAAGACGCGACAACGGAUACGGAUCAUACGUAGGUACACAUUGCAAAUGUAAAUUGUAGGUAAUAUUGAAACGGCCUAUCAAGGAUCGUGGAGAUUUGGCGUCGCUCACGUUCCUUUCGAAAUCAAUUUCCUCUCGAAAGGUAAUCGAUUUUUUUUCCCGCGAAUUUCGCUGAUACUGUCCAGGCGUCUCGCGCGAAUAAACAAAAUUUCUAUCACGCCCAAUCUUUUUCUACGAUACCGUACAAUUAUUCGGCUUCCGCACAACAAAGAUCUCUUGUAAAACAACGAUUCUUCGUACCUGACUCGAUUCUUCUAUCGGUCUGAUGUUUUCCCGUGGUGAAUGGUUUAUUCCAGAGAAAUGCAAAGCGAGGCGCGAAAUACAAGCAAGUACGAGAGAACGGGACGCUUUUUGAUCGCGUUCAAAUAUCAAUCUUUGAAAACAAGCCGUUCUUUUCAGAUCGUCAAAUUUGUCAAUUCUUCGAUGCUUCGAAUGCUCUUCGAUGUUCAAUGUGAUUUUUCAUUCUAUCGAGCUGAUUCGUCCUUACAGUUUUCUCAAUGGUUAUUUUAUCGUCCACACGAUCUUUUUCUUGAUUAUCGAGUAAAGUGUUUCUAUCGUCAUACGCAUAGAUGAUUAAUCUUGCCAAACAUUAUUACAUCUUGUCAGGAUUAUUCUUGCCUUCCAUUUUAAAACGAUUUAGAGCGUAGUUGGAUGCGAGGACACGGAGCAACGCGAUCAUCACGGCAUCGUAACGAUUAGCUUUGUAUGUUUGAAACAGUUGAGUUGACCGAUAUUUUACUCUCAUUUACCGGUUAUCCUUUGGAAAGCUAUUCGAGCUAAAUUUAUUGUUCCCUUCGUAUCGCGUAAGAAGCAGCGGUAUCGAUCGCCGCGGAAUAUUUACGGACGAUUAAUAACGCUCGAUCCGUUUGCGGUGUGGAGGCAUAACCGCGUUUUUCUUCCGCAAAUUAGAACGACAGCUUGUGUGUCGCGCGCAGUUUGUUUUCCCUCGGGGUUGCUCUCCAUGCCGCGGCACGGUCGAUUCCUUUCGUCGAGCGUCACGCAACAUACCGAGAAAAUGAAGGGUUUCGGCCAUUUGGUCGUCCACGAGUUAUUUCCUCGCCUUUUCCUCGGUUAUUGUUAAUUGGCCGUGCGCACCUAUUAACCGUAAUUUACGAGUCGUUUUCACAUUAGACCGGCCAGGGGAGGAUUAUUCGUCGUAACGUUCUCAAGAUUUUAUCCCGAUACAUAUUUUAAGCUACUUUGCGCAGUCGCCGCGCGUCAAUUGAUUUAACGCGGCAAUUUAAUUUUCCACGAAAAUUCGAUUUUCCGCAAUAUUUCGUAACAACAUACGGCAUGGACACGAAGCAAUCGCGCUCAAACCGUUAUUUCGCUUUUAAAAUUUUAAAAGAUGAGCGUGGGAUUGGAUCGGAUAUGAAUAAGUUGGCCCGAUGUUUAGCGGAUCGGUUUUCUAUCUAGACUUUGAAUCUCUUCACCUCGGAGCUCAAUGUAUUUCUUCAUUAUGAAAGUAUUCGGUGUUCAAUCGUAAAUACAAAAUCCAUUAAACCGUGUCGAUUCUGAGUUUCGACUCUGAUUUACUCGUGCCUUGCCCUCGGCCAUUCUUCGCCACGUAUACGUAUACAUUUCCGUAUCCGACGUUCCAUGAUAUUCUCUUACGGCUGCUAUCGCGUCUGAACGAUCAGGUUCGAAUUCUGCCAUGCCCGUACAAGUAUCACGCGUUAUCUACUUAAUUUCCAUCUUUAAUGGUACAUGUAACAUCCCGUAAAGAUACAUUUAACAGGCGUUUUUUAGGGAAUUGGCACGCGAGGAAAUCAGAAAACAGCCUUGAAUCUGACUGCUCGAAUCGGACGUGGCCAAUCGUCGAUUCACGAGUACGAAUACGAUCUCUGAUCGAUGGCUGGCUGUACGUGCAUACGCGAAAUAUCCGUGCGUAGGUAUUGAUCCAUGGAACGCGAGGUACAACGUGCGGUGUUGAUUCGCAUCGGUCGUGUUCCGUUGUCUUCGCUUCUUUGCGCAAUUAUCCGUGUUCUGUGUUCGUCUCUCACGGUGUAUCGAUGUAUCCUCCCCCGCGAUUUAUUGAUAUCGUCAUCGGGAGAUUCGCUUGACGCGACUUCGUUCGUUGAUCUUCCAAGCCAGUCCUCCGUUUUCGCCAAUUGUUCACGCGUCGAUCGACGACGUCGUCGGGGGGAGAGAGGAGGGGGAGGGGGAGGGUGAAAAUUCGCGCAGAUCUUCCGUAACGAUAAGAAUUUUUUAAGCCGUUUUUUACACACGUACGUAUAUACGUUUCAAUAUCUUUCUGUCGAGUCGCGCGCCAUCAUCGCCGCGAGUUUACCGAUUCCCCCUUCGGACUGUUUUCCUAUAUUUCGGGAUAUUUUUCGAUUUCGACGCAUUUACAUUGUUUCUCGCUUGAAUAACAAGUCCAUGUUCUAGAUGUAUAUGCGAUAUACGAGUAACAACGUGGUAGGCAAGCUGCACGUUGAAACUUCGUGUGUGAUCCGUGACAGUCAGUUUCGUGGGAUGUGAUAUGGGGGAAAGCGAAGGGAAGAGUAAUCGCGAAACGUACUAGUAUCUCGAGUCGCUUCCAUUUAGAGUUUCGGUACCGUUCUCCUCGAGAGAAACGAGUAUAGGUAUAUACACGCGAAUUUUGGCGAAUCGCGGAAGCACAAAAUGAUGAAAGUUUCGUCGGGACUCGAGGAAACGUUAGUGUACCGAGACGCGUCGAUGUCGACGGUUAUCUCAACCGAUUUAUAAACUUGGGUGUAUUUUUUAGAAAGAAGCAUUAGUAAAAAUUGUUACUCCCUCUAUGGAUAUCGUAAGCACACAGUAAAAGAAGAAAAAAGAAAAAAAAAACAAAAAUAAUAAAAAAACCCACUUAUACCCGUACGACGAUACACACGCACACACACACACACACAUACACGUACACACAUAUAUAUAUGAGUUUUAACGAUAUUCUAUAAAUGGCUGUACCGUAUUGUAAAAUCAAAGAUAUAGCGUACAAUAAAUAAAAUUUAGUGUUGUAGAAAUGA